AUGGCCAAGUAUGACGAAGAAGGGAAUCCUUUUGCGGACAUAGAUGAGUACAUUGAGGAUACAAAUUCUAUUGUACCUCCAAGAGUUGAUGCUGCCACUUUCAAGGUGGAACACGGUUUAAUCCUAAUGCUCAAAGCAGAGGGGUUUUUCAGAAAUUCCACAGAUGAUGAUCCAACACAACAUCUCAGAAACUUCUUGGGUGUGUGUGCAUUGCACAAGCAGAACAACAUCCUAAGAUUGAGGGUGUUCAAGUACUCACAGGCUGGAGAGGCAAGGAAAUGGAUCCAAAAUCUACCACCAAAUUCCAUUCAUUCUUGGGGCUUGGAUGGUAUGAAUCAAUCUAUAGCCAAAAAUGCUGCUGAUGGAUCAUUUAUGGAUAAAACAUUUGCGAGGAUUACACAAGUCCUUGACAAAAUGGCAAAACAUAACCAAGCUUGGCACUCAGAGGACACCACGGGUGGAAUUGCAUAUGGUACUCCUUCCUUGACCAACAUGAUUAAGGAGAACCAACAAAGAGAUCAGGUAAUUGUCGGGCUUGCCACCAACAUCAAUGUAUUGACAAAGAUGUACACUGAAAGCCAAACAAAAAAGGUGAAUGUGGUGGAAGAUGUUCAACCCACAUCAAAUGAGGAUUACGAGGAAGCAAAUUAUGUCAACAAUUCUCAAGGAGGUAAUCAAAGGCAACCAUACCAAGGUUCAGGACAACAAAACCAAUGGAGGUCUAACCCGCAAGGGCAAAGCAACCAACAGUGGCGAAAUGACCAAGUUGGAGAUGCAAAUGAGAGAUCCCUCAAGAGAGCAAAUCCGAAGCAAAAGGGCACACUCCCAAGUGACACAAUUCCAAACCCAAAAGGUAGUGGGAGCAGUCCAACUUCUCAUUGUAUGGAAAUCACAACUCGGAGUGGGAAAAUACUUCAAGGAGAGAAUGAACAAGUGGUCGAAGUGGAAGAUUCCGAACAAGAAGUUGAGGCACAUGUAGAGGUGCCAGAUGUUGUUGAAGCUGAAAAGUCCCAGAAGAGGAAGGUUGAUGAUAGCAAACUCGAGAAGUUCUAUGACAUUCUCAAGCAAUUACCGGUGAAUUUUCCAUUUGUGGAUGCACUUCAAGAGAUGCUGGGUUUUGCUAAGUAUUUGAAACACUUGAUCACCAAGAAGAAAAGCACCAAGAAUGAAGUGGUGAAUGUGACUCACCGGUUUAUUUCCAUCAUUGCAACAACCACCAUUCAAAAGAAAGAAGACCCGGGGGCUUUUACCAUUUCAUACACUAUUGGGGUACGAGAUUUUGCAAGAGCUCUUUGUGAUAAUGGGGCUAGCAUCAAUUUAAUGCCUCUUUCUAUUUACAAGCAAGCAGGGUUAAGUAUGCCGAGGUCUACUAGUAUGAGGUUGCAAAUGGUCGAUCGUUCAAUAAAGAGACCGGUGGGGAUUGUUGAUGAUGUUCUUGUGAAAGUGGGAAUGUUCCUCCUCCCCGCCAGCUUUGUGAUCCUUGAUUGUGCUGUUGACAAAGAAAUCCCUAUCAUCUUGGGGAGACCAUUUCUUGCUAUCGGAAAGCACUAA